CCCCCCCUCCUUCUCCUCUUUCAUGCCAAACGCCACGAGGUCCUCUCCUAGGCGAUACACCCAGUCGCUCUCCUGCCCGCCCCGGUAUCCGGUACCCCCCGCCAUCGCUCCCAGCAGCAUGCGCUUGGGGAGGCGGUUGUCCUCCAUGCGCAUAACGAAGCCCGCAAAACACAGCCUCCGUUUGCGCACGGUGGCCUCGAUGGUUUCCUCGCAGCCGGCCUGGAUGAGGGCCUGGGCGUAGGACAGGGGUCGGUCUGAGCGCUUCCGCUUGCUCCAGCCGAUACACCGUGUCAGGAACUGGCGGUGGGUCCCAUUCAGCUUGGUGUAGUGCUCCGCUGCCAGGCUCCACGAGGCGCACCCGUAUAGGAGGGUCUGCACCACUUCAGCCUGGAGUAGUCGGAUCUUGAGCUGGCGGUUGGCCCGUUUCCUGUCGUACAUCGAAGUGCUGUUCCGGCGGUAGCACUUCCAUGCUCGGCAGAUGCGGCUCGUGAUCUCCCGGUCGACCUUCCCAUCCGCGCAGAUGGUACGUCCGAGUUAACUUGAUCGACUUCAUAUGUCGCGAGGGAAGAGAUUGCUGUACCCUUCUCGCGAUGAAAAUAUCUCGGGCAGGAACAGCAGGAGGGGUCCAACCCCCCCCCUCCCAUGUGACCCUGGUAGGGUCGUCCAGCUGGUAGAAGCGGUGGGUAGGGGCCAGAGGGGCAGACGACAGAGUCCAAUGAUGGGAGAAAAAAAAAAAAAUCGCGCCACCCGGUCGGUCCCUUCUCGUUUGCCUUGUUCCCUCGCCGUCUCGUCCGUCUCCUGCCCCCCUCCCGCCCCAUUGGUUGUUGGCUUGUGGUUUCGUUUGAGCGCUCGUUGUCGGCCGGCCCAUUCUUCCUUCUCGUGCCAGGAGGUCGUGAACCUCUCAGCGCCCUGCAGCACCGCCGCAUGCCAGGGUACUCCCCCCUCCACCUUCGCGGCUUCCGUCCACAUUAACUUCGGUGCCGUGUCUUUCGGUACCGGGAUUCCGAGACAACACGGAUCGGUUUUCGUAGAUCCGUGGUCGGCCCCGAAUGCCUUCAGGUCGUCGAGUACCCACUUCUGCCAGUUCUGUUCCUGUCCCCCGCCAGUUCGCCGAGCAUUAAUCGUUUCGGGAGUCGCCCGUCUGGCUGCCUUGCCAAUGCUCCCGCGAACAGUAGGCGUCGUUGUCGGAUCGUGGCUUCAACGCUCUGGCAUUCGGCCCUCUUCAGCGUCUGGGCGUAAGAGAGCUGUCGGUAGGUGUCUUUCUUUCGCAUGUCUCCGAUAGCGCGAAGGAGCAGUCGGUGGUGUAUCGACCGCAGCGUCUGAUAGUGGCCGCUGAGUGGUGACCAUGUCAUGCCGCCGUACAGCAGUGCCUCCAUCGCCUCCGCCUGCAGCAGGCGGAUCUUGACUCGGAAUGGCGCUUUCGGUCUGUCGAAGAGCUCCCGGCUAUAUCGCCUGAGGCACGCCCACGCUGCUCUGCUCCUGUAGUUGAUCUCCCAGGUGAGGUCGCCAUGUUCGUUGACGAGGCCACCGAGGUACCGGAACUCGGUCGUCUGGGCGUAUUUCUGUCCCGCGGCUUCGAUGGUCAGCGGUGGAGGCGGGGGGGGCUGUGAUGGUAGUCGGCUUGUCCUUCGCGCGCAUCAGGAGCGUCUCCGUCUUCUUCUCCGAUACCGUUAGCCCGAACUCCCUGAACACCUCAACGAUGAUGGUCAUCAUUCUCGCCAGUCCUUCUGCAGACCUUGAUACGACGCCGGCAUCAUCGGCAUACAGCAUCCCCCAUACUGCCCUCCGUACUCGGUCAAGGGGUGUCUCCUCCCCCCCCCGCUUCCGUCCUCCCCUCCUCCAAGCACACC